AUGCCUCCCGACCCACGUCUGGCGGAUCGCAAGACCUCAUUCUCCUCCUUCUCUCACAUACUCGACGCCCGCAUUCUGCGCGCCCUAGCCGACCUAGGUUUUGCGCGCCCGACCCUCGUCCAAUCCAAAGCGAUCCCCCUCGCUCUCGAGAACAGAGAUAUCCUUGCACGUGCAAGGACAGGCAGCGGGAAGACUGCUGCAUAUUGCAUCCCGGUCGUGCAGAAGAUCCUAAACGCUAAAGCUGGAAUACCUCAUGAAGACAGCUCGAGACAGGCGACUCGGGCAUUGAUUCUUGUCCCCACUCGCGAGCUCUCUGAGCAGGUAUACGGACACCUCAAUGGCCUGCUUGCGUACUGUGAGAAAGAAAUCACGGUGGCUAAUGCAUCCACUGCGAGCUCUACUCAGUUGCAGAAGUCCCUUCUCUCUGAUCAUCCUGACAUCGUGAUCGCAACCCCCUCCCGCACGUUCGCGCUCGUCCAAUCGAAGACACUCUCCCUUGAAUCCCUCGACACCCUUGUGAUUGACGAGGCAGAUCUCAUUCUCUCAUACGGGCACGAUGCGGACAUCCGCGCGCUGCUGUCCGGCGGGCACCUACCGCGCGUGUUCCAGUCCUUCUUGAUGAGCGCGACGAUGACGGAGGAUGUCGAGGCGCUGAAAGGCCUCACGCUCCGCAGUCCAGCGAUCCUGAAGCUCGAGGAGGACGAGGACGAACACAACCUGACGCAAUUCAGCGUGCGCUGCAGCGAGGUCGACAAGUUCCUCCUGACGUAUGUUGUCCUCAAGCUUAAGCUUGUCAAGGGCAAGUGCCUCAUCUUCGUCAACGAUGUCGAGCGUUGUUAUCGCGUGAAGCUGUUCCUGGAGCAGUUCGGGAUCAAGAGCUGUGUACUGAAUUCGGAAUUGCCGCUCAAUUCGAGGUAUCAUGUGGUACAAGAGUUCAACAAGGGCGUAUAUGACUACAUCAUCGCGUCAGACGAAAGCGCAGGCGCAGCAGAGCAGGAUGAGGAGGAUGAAGAUGAAGCGCAGAUAUCUGAGGGCGAGAAUGAGGCGGAAGAGGGCGGAGAUGCAGCUGAGGACGAUGAAUUCACCACCACCCAACGCGAACAACCAACGGCAUCCACCUCGACUCCCAAGCAACCCCAAAAACGAAAGCGCUCGCCGUCUCCUUCCUCAGGCAAAGAUGACAGCGGUAAAGCCAGCAAGCGGAAGCGCAAGGGAAAACAUGCGCGGGACGCCGAGUACGGCGUUGCGCGGGGCGUAGACUUCAUCGACGUCGCGUGUGUGCUCAACUUCGACCUCCCGCGGUCCGCCCGCGCCUACACGCACCGUGUCGGGCGGACGGCGCGCGCAGGGCGCUCGGGCAUUGCGCUCUCGUUCAUCGUCCCGCGCGAGCAGGUCGGUAAGAGCAAGGUCGUUGGAGGCGUGCCUGGCACAGAGCGCGACGAGGAGGUAUGGGCGCGCAUCGAGCGGCGGGAGAAGGAGCGGGGGCGGGAGGUGAAGGAGUACAAGUUCGACAUGAAGCAGGUGGAGGCGUUCAGAUACCGGAUGGAGGACGCGCUCCGUGCGGUGACGCGGGCCGCGGUCAGGGAGGCGAGGAUCAAGGAGCUGAAGUCGGAGAUCUUGAAUUCGGACAAGCUGAAGGCACACUUCGAGGACAACCCGCUUGACCUGGAGUACCUUCGACACGACAAGCCGCUCCACCCGACUCGCGUGCAGCCACAUAUGAAGCACGUACCGAAGUACCUGCUGCCUCGCAUCGCACAUGUACCGGGUGCUGAUGCCGCUGAGGGAGCAGCCGCUAAGGAGGGUGAGGAGGGAUUCGUGCCGUUCAAUAAAAAUGGUGCACGAGGAAGGGGCAGAGGCAGAGGGCGAGGCGGGCGAGGUGGUAGGGGAGGCCCGGCAGGGAGAGGGCGGAAAAAGGGUGACCCGUUGAAGAAGUUCGGGCGGUAG